AUGGAGACAGUAAUCGUCAUGUGGCAGGCUGGCCCUGAGAAUCAGGGGGCACACAGCAGGUGCUCAAGUCUUGUUUGUGUUCCCAGGAAUACCAGUGGAGGGUUUCUGAGCAUCGAUCCUACCGCCCCGGCCUGGGAGGGCACACUCACACCAGCGAAUGGAAGUGACGAGGACCAUCUUCCAAGUAACAACGUGGAAAUCCUGAUCGUGACUUUGCUGACCUUCACCUUUGCCCUGGGCGGGCUGGUGGGAAACGUGACCGUGCUCUGGCUGCUGGGCUGCCGCAUGCAGAGGAACGCUUUCUCCGUCUACAUCCUCAACCUGGCAGGAGCUGACUUCCUCUUCCUCUCCUCCCAGGUUGUAUAUGCCCUGGAGGCGCUCAUCAACUUCCAUUCGGUGUACUUUUCCAUCCCCAGAUUUUUCACCACCAUGUGGACCUUCGCCUACAUCGCGAGCGCGAGCAUUCUCAGCGCCAUCAGCACCGAGCGCUGCCUGUCGGUCCUUUGUCCCAUCUGGUACCGCUGCCACCGCCCAAGACACACGUCAACUGUGACGUGUGGCCUGCUCUGGGCCCUCUCCCUGCUGCUGAGCAUCCUGGAAGGGGAGUACUGUGGCUUCCUGUUUAGGGAUUUUGACCCUGGAUUGUGUCUGGCGUUUGAUUUCGUCACGGCCGCCUGGCUGAUUUUCUUAUUUGUGCUUCUCUCUGGGUCCAGCCUGGCCCUGCUGACCAGACUGCUGUGGGGCUCCCAGCGGAUGCAGCUGACCAGGCUGUAUGUGACUGUGGGGCUCACAGUGUUGGCCUUCCUCUUCUGCGGCCUGCCCUACGGCAUUCACUGGUUUCUGGUAUUCUGGAUUCAGCAGGGUUUUGAUGAGUCCCUCUGGUAUCUUUAUCUGGCUGCGCUCACCCUGUCCUGUGUCAACAGCUGUGCCAACCCCAUCAUUUACUUCUUUGUUGGCUCCUUCAGGCAGCGGUGGCCCCGGCAGCGGAAGACCCUCAGGAUGGUUCUCCAGAGGGCCCUGCAGGACGCAUCGGGAGGGGAUGAAAGCGAAGUCCGCCUGCCUCAGGAAACUGCGAUGUCGGGAAACAGUCUGGCGCCCUGA